UUUUGCAGCUGUUUAACCUGCUGGAUGUAAAGCUGGCCGUCUGGCUCCCCGCAGAAAUGCGCGCUUAUUCGGCAUGCUGCUUAGAUAUGCCCGCUUCUCUGUGGAUCUGUUGGCAUAAGGGCCAUUACAAAUACUUGCAUGCGCAGGGAAAGGGCUGAACCAUGUCUGUUGAUGGAGAUGUUGACUAUGGGCAUGAGUUUCCAGCCCAUUAUAAAGUGAUGCUUGACAAACUGAAUGAGCAACGUCAGCUGGAUCAGUUUACUGACAUCACUCUCAUUGUGGAUGGCCAUCAGUUUAGAGCCCACAAAGCUGUUCUGGCUGCCUGCAGUCAGUUUUUCCACAAAUUCUUCCAGGACUUCACUCAAGAGCCUCUUGUGGAGAUUGAAGGUGUUAGCAACUCUGCCUUCCGCCAUCUAAUGGAGUUCACUUAUACUGCUACAUUAGCUGUGAAUGGUGAGGAGGAAGUCAGUGAUGUCUGGCGAGCUGCAGAAUACCUUCAAAUGCAGGAGGCAAUCAAAGCCUUGAACAACAGAAGGAAUGGUACCGCCUCCCCCCAGCCUGGAAAGAGCAAGGCUAAGAAGAGGAAGAUCUCAGAGACCUCCAAUGUGAUCACGGAGACUCUUCCUUCAGUGGACGCAGAAUCUGUUGAAAUCGAGGUGGAGGUUGGCGAGGAGCACAUCGAGGUGGAGGAAAGCGGUCUGGUGGAGGUGGUGGACGUGGCCCGGGCCGCUACUGAACCCUCUUCAGAUGACUCUGCUUUGGCUUUGCUGGCCGACAUCACUAGCAAGUACCAGCAGGGAGAGCAGACGCUUCAUGUUCUGAAAAAAGUUGACGAGACCGUAGUUGUGCAGGAGGAGGCAGUGGUGGCCUCCAAGACCCUGGAGAACAUUGAAGUGGUGGAGGUUCAGAUCUCUCAGCUCGACAACCUUUUCCGCUGCGAUAAGUGCGACCGCUGCUUUAAACUCUACUAUCACCUCAAACAGCACAUGAAGACUCAUAUCGCCUCCCCGGAUAGAGGCUUUGUUUGCAGACACUGUGGCAAAGCGUACGCCCGGGAAGGAGCCCUUAAACAGCACUUGAAUAAUUAUCAUUUUGAUGCGGAGGAACAGUCCCGACGGCAGAAAAAGAAAGUGCAUGUUUGCGAGUACUGUGAAAAACAGUUUGAUCAUUUUGGACAUUUCAAAGAGCAUUUAAGGAAGCACACAGGUGAGAAACCCUUUGAGUGUCCAGAGUGCCAUGAGCGCUUUGCAAGGAACAGUACGCUGAAGUGCCACAUGUCAGCGUGUCAAAAUGGCUCUGGAGCCAAAAAAGGGCGAAAGAAGCUCUAUGAAUGCCAGGUUUGUAGCAGUGUUUUCAAUAGUUGGGAGCAGUUCAAGGACCACUUGGUGACCCACACGGGUGAGAAACCCAACCACUGCACGCUCUGCGACCUGUGGUUCACAGCACCCAGAGACCUCCACGCUCACCUGCAGGAGCUCCAUGGCUUACAGGAGAAGGUCGUUGUGGCGGAGGACAUCUUGAUUUCAGACCCUGCCAAUGUUUUGUCUAUGGAGGAAGGCGAGGAGCGGGUGAUUCUGGAGGAUGGUAUACGGGUGGAGCACGUCACUGUAGAACCGGUGGACGUUGUGGCCGUUGAGGAGACUCUCGUGGUGGAGGAAGAAACGCAGAUACAGCCCUCUCAACCCGAGGGUGGAGUAGCAGAGACAGUGGUUUUACAGGUAGACAGCGAACGAUUGAAAGAACAGGUGAUAGGGAUUCAAAUCGAACAGGUGACUGUUGAAACCCCAGCAAAAGCCAAACAAGAGCCUGCUAGUUGUGAAAAGACUGCGAAUGUAUGAAAGGCUGUACUUGGACGUUAUGGGAAUGAAUUGAGGAGGCUUUUUCUCCUUUUCCACCCUUUUAAAAUGAUACAAUAAAGCUCAUUGUGGAGUCGUCCAACAUAGAUGGAUCACCUGCUCUAUUUCUUUCUUUCAGCUUGGCUUUUUCAGAAAGCAGUGUCUAUAGUACGAUCACAAGUUCAGUCAUGCUCUUAAUGUAUGUUGUGGAUAAGAAUAGUUGGAGAUUCGUUUCAGGAAUAGUGCACGUCGACAAGGCUGUGGUGGAAAGAAUGUUUUUUUUUUGUCUUUGGAUGUAUGUUUAUAGUGUGUGUAAGAAGCUUAUUUUCAUAAAAGAAUUAAAGGGCAACAUGUGCCCCCAAAUUAUCCAGAGCCAACAUGUAUGCACUUCUGGCUUGUGUUUUUAAAAGUUCAUCUUGUUUAGAGAAAUAUGAAUGUCAGCACUCUUUUCUAAGGAAUUCUAAUUAUGUUGAGACAAAUUGCGAUAACACCAUUUAACCUAAAUUUGAAUGUAAUAGAGAUUUUACUAUAAAAGUAGAUUUAACUUUGGGAUUAAUCUUUUGGCGUUGAUCUUAAAUGCCACCUAUGAUAAAUUGUCUUUUGUAAGCUGUUUGGACAGAACUGUGUUUAGGUAUAGUGUGUCCAGUCAUAGUGGAGUGAUAUACAGACAAUAAGUCUUUUUUUUAUUUUUUUGCUGACGCUAAAAUGGGAUCCAAAUCCCUCUCAUUUUGAGGCCCACCGCAACGUGACGUAAGAGUGCGGUAUCCCUGCCCACCGAAUUGAUUGACAGCCUUGUAUUAACAUGUCUCUGUAGUAAUGCGUACAACCAAAUCAACAGGACCGGAUGUGCGCAAAGCAACCAGGAUUAAAAGAUCUGUUCAGCUCUCUGUGAUCAUCAAUUAUCAUCAAAUGUGAUCAAGAAUGAGUUUUACAAGUUUAAAACGUUUUAAAUUGGUGCAUGUUUGUAAUUAAUUACAGAGAUUUUACUGUAUCGCCACAGCCGCAUGUCAGUACAAUUAUAAAAGAAGACACUUCAA